GCCGGAGGCGGGGUCUCAGGCCGCGGCCGCACGAGGUGGCAGGGGGCCCCCGGCUCCCGCGGGAGGCCACGACCGAGUGCCCGCUGCCUGCAGGAGAUUAAUACUAAAAUUGGAAGUUUAUCAAUUGCUGAAUAUUGGAAAUUGGAUGUAAUGGCAGCAGAAUUUAUAAAGAGUUGCUGUAGAGGAUGUUUCUAUGGUGACACAGAAAAACAUAAUUUUUCCAGGGAGAGAGACUUUCAAGCAGCAGUCUCAGAGACUCAGGAUACCCCUGUCUCUGUCCCUCCGUUGACUGCUGUUUCGGUAAAGCCUCAGGUUGGCUGUACUGAGGAUUACUUGCUUUCCAAAUUACCAUCUGAUGGCAAAGACGUACCAUUUGUGGUGCCCAGGUUUAAGCUCUCAUAUGUUCAGCCCAGGGUACCAGGAACUCUGUCACAUCUGGAGGAACUUGAAGGAUCUGCCAGAGCAUCUUUUGGAGAUCGAAAGGUAGAACUUUCCAGUUCAUCCCAGCACGGACCUGGCUAUGACAUUUACAACCCGUGCUACAGGUAUCCGCACAUUUCACCUGAUCUGAGCCGGCGCCUUCCUCCUCGUUCAGAAGCGGCGAGACUGUACGGAUCAGUUUGUGACUUAAGGACCAGCAAACUUCCCAGUUCCCCUGGGCUAAGCAAGUCUAUGUUUGAUCUUACAAGUUCAUCUCAGCGGUUCAUGCAGAGACAUGAUUCCUGGUCCAGCAUGCCUAGCACUUCUUCUUCAAGGAAAAAUUCCCAGGGCAGUAACAGAAGCCUGGAUACAAUUACUCUGUCAGGAGAUGAAAGAGAUUUUGGGAGAUUGAAUGUGAAAGUGUUUUAUAAUUCUUCAGUAGAGCAGAUCUGGAUCACAGUUUUGCAGUGCAGAGAUUUAAGUUGGCCUUCUAAUUGUGGAGACACUCCUACUAUUUCUAUAAAAGGAACACUGACAUUGCCCAAACCCGUGCAUUUCAAAUCUUCAGCAAAGGAUGGCUCUCAUAUUAUCGAAUUCAUGGAAACUUUUGUUUUUGCUAUUAAACUCCAAAGUCUACAAACCGUAAGGCUUGUAUUUAAGAUUCAGACCCGGACUCCCAGGAAGAAAACCAUCGGAGAAUGCUCACUCUCACUCAGAACUCUCAGCACACAGGAGAUGGAAUACUCUUUGGAUAUAAUGCCACCUUCAAAAAUUUCUGUUUGCCAUGCAGAACUUGAACUGGGGACUUGUUUUCAAGCCGUAAAUAGCAGAAUUCAGUUACAGAUUCUCGAGGCACAAUACCUUCCAAGCUCUUCAACACCUCUUGCUUUGAGUUUCUUUGUGAAGGUGGGAAUGUUUAGUUCAGGAGAGUUGAUUUAUAAGAAGAAGACACGCUUACUGAAGGCCUCCAAUGGAAGAGUAAAGUGGGGAGAAACUAUGAUUUUUCCACUUAUACAGAAUGAAAAAGAAAUUCUUUUUCUUAUUAAGCUUUACAGUCGGAGCUCUGUAAGAAGAAGACAUUUUGUGGGGCAGAUUUGGAUAAGCGAAGACAGUAAUCACACUGAAGCAGCAAAUCAGUGGAAAGAAACAGUUACAAAUCCAGAAAAGGUUGUUAUCAAGUGGCACAAAUUAAACCCAUCUUGAAGACAUGACACGUUAAUUUGGUGAAGAACUUGACAUUGUUUUAGAAGACUUAUGAUUUCAAUUUGGUACCAAUGAGAAGAGACAGAUCAAUACACUUGUUAAUGUAUUUAUGGAGGUCGUAAUUAUAAUAGUUGAUGGAUCUUAUGGAAAAUUAAAUUUGAUAUAAAAAAAUGGGAUGAAUUAUAUCAAAUAUCCAAAAUAAAGGGAGUGUUUUAAAACUUGCCAAAAUAUACAGUAAAAGAGUAGUAUGCUAGGGCAAGUAGAUAAAUUACACAAUCAAUGAGAAUUUCAACCAUAGGUAGUUAUUGCUAUAUUAUGUUUAUGGGUUUUUUUUUUUAAAGCUUUACCUAGAUAUUAAAAAUCUGGUAUAUCAAAUCUCUGUUAACACUAUUAGAAUGUAGAAGACUUUACUGCUGACUAUUUCAGCGCUGAUCGUUACUGAUUAGACCUUGACUCCACUGUUUACCUCUUGCUAUGUAUUUUCUCUCAGAAAGCAAAAAUGAAUUAAAUCACUUCCAGCUCUUCUGUAUUUGGGGAAAAUUUGUGCCCUGUUUUUCUAAUUUCUUACCCAUAAGGCAUCAUAUUGCCACUUUGUAAAUUAUUUAUCUCCAAGAAACUUCAAAUAUAUAAAACACUGCAGUUUGGCAAGAAUAAAUGAAAACACCAGAAGGUUGAAGUUCGAUUGGAAACCUGUAUAUACACAUUUUGCCAUAUGUUUUCCUCUCUCAAAUAUUUUACCCUUUGUUUUCAUUGGAUUUGGAGUAAGAUUAUCAUCUGUAUUAUCCAUCCUAAUUCUGCUAAUUGCAGAUUAAAUAGCUUAAUUAGCAAGUUCAAUAUUUUAUGAUAAUCAUUUCCUUCUUUUUAGUUUUUUUAAACAUAAGCUACUUGUUCUAUAAUCCACAUUACUUCCCCCAUGUUUUUAAAGAAGUCAUAUUAUAGUAUUCUCUCUUUGUUUUUUUGUUUUGUUUUGUUUUGUUUUGUGGGGAGGGGCAGAGGGAGAGAGAGAGAAUCUGAAGCAGACAACACACCCAACAGGAAAACCAUUGUGGGGCUCAAUCUCAUAAUCCUGAGAUCAUGACCUGAGCUGAAAUCAAGAGUCAGAUGCUUGACCAACUGAGCUACUCAGAUGCCCUGCUAAUAUUUUCUAUAGCAGUUUCUCUCAGGUACUCACUGAAAGUCAGCAUGUGGGGGCGCCUGGGUGGCUCAGUGGGUUAAGCCUCUGCCUUCAGCUCAGGUCACGAUCUCAGGGUCCUGGGAUCAAGGUCCGCAUCAUGCUCUCUGCUCGGCAGAAAGCCUGCUCCCCCCCCACCCCCACCGCCUACUUGUGAUCCCUCUCAGUCAAAUAAAUAAAUAAAAUCUUUAAAAAAAAAGUCAUUAUGUGGGCAUAAUGUCAGGUUAGUUGGCUAUACAAGCUAUGGCCAAAAAGAACAGCUGUUUGGAGAAACAGAUAAUGCCAUUGUUGGCCUUAGAAAGUCCAACUUUAGUUUUGCUAAUGAGUGGACCAAGUGCUCUGUAAUGAUGAUCUUCCAUUUUUCUUUCUGUCUUACCAUGUUCUAAAGAUGCCAAGAGAUAGAUGGUGAUGUUAGGCUAGAAGAUACUUUGGUAUAGCUUCUGCAUACACUCUUCAUUCUAGUUCUUAUGUUCUGUGUAUCUCAUUAGGAUUUUCUCAAAUGAACAAUUCCUCUUUUCCUAGGUACUGUGUUUGCAAGGCACAAAAAUAUGCAUAGUUUACUUGUCCUUUGUUUCCAUUCCCUAGAGUUUAUGUUAUACUGCUGACAGGGACUCUCUAACACUGCAUUUGGAAAUAAUUUUUUUUCUUAGAUUUGU